GUUUCGAGGCAUGAAUCUGUUUUCGGUCACGGAUUUGAAAUCUGGAGGCGGGAUUCGCAGUGUAUGUUUUCUACGGAGCUCAGUGUUUGCAUCGGAAGAUUUUGGUAGAGACAUCUAGUGGUGAUGGAGUGCCAGAAAGUAGCAUGAGAGGGAUUUGGAUUGCUUCGAACUUAGAGUUGAUGGCGUGACUGUCUGGAGGUGUUGGACGGGGAUUGCCGAGCAUGGAGAAAAGAUUUGACGUCAUGGAUGGUGCUUUUCAAGGCGCGGUAAAGACGUUGGAUGCCCAUUUUGCCAAGGCGGACGGCUUAUUUUACAGGUUUUCUGUGCUUUCUCCGUUUGGAAAAUUUUAGCACAGGGAAGACCGCUCACUUGAAGUUUUUCUUCAGUUGGAGUUUGUGCAGCUGGAUGAGUAUCGUGCAUAGCAAAUUGGAACACGAGUUUGAAGAAACUUACCCAGGCAAUGCAAAUCCCUUGAAGUUGCUUGCUCGCACGAAAAGAUUGCAGGACGAGCUUCCGCUGCUUAGAGAAGAAUGUGACAAGCUUUUAGCUGCCAAACAGGAUCUUAUAGAUACUGCAAGAACUACACUGGUGAAAAACAAGACGUUAUUAUGUCAAUUACAGGCUCGAGCUGGUCUUCUUGUGAGUAGUGACUCAGAGGAUCCAGUCUACUCGUCCUUUGUGAAGACGCUUGAGGAGUGGGAUCAGCAGAUGGAAAUGGUUUCAGUGACAGAGAGCCAUCAGUUCACACGUCCUGAUCUUAAUCUGGAGCUCUUUCGAUCUAAAGUGUUUAAGAGGGAUGAAUAGUCCAAUUCGAAACCAUGGUUCAACUUUUCAGGUUAUUGUGGAGCCCAGCAAGGAAAUCAGGCAGUUUCUAAUGGGUAUCUUGGUGCCAUUCUUGGCUUCUUCCUCUCACAUUUUUGAGCUCCAAUUUACCGUGAUCCAUUACAGGAUCGCAGUACUAAGCUAGUCUUGGUUUAGCAUCUCAAGUAGAGUAUUUUAAGACACAAAAUCUGUACUACCGCUAAGGCCAGCAAUGAUAGCUAUGACCCAGUCUAAACUAUGGCAAUUCGUCACUUGGACGGUGCUGUAAGGAAGCACAAUAUACCAGGAAGAAGAUGAAGUACUAAGAUCCUGAUUUAUUUAUUUAUUUAUUUAACUAUAUGUACACA